AUGACUCAAGACUUCAACUGGAAUCUCCCAGGACUUAAUAAACUAGAAUUCACUGCCUACGCAAAUCUUCUUGCACUUCGAAAUGAUGGGCAAGUUGAGUCAGUCUCCUUGGGCACGGAGCUGUCUGACAAGAACGAGUCUACUAUCGACAGCGAUGCGAUUAGUAUAGACACAAGCUACCGUGACCAAAUUUCAGAUUCAGGAUAUCAUCAAUUGAAAACAAAGUUCCUGGAUUGUCUGGCGGAAUUGAUCGCUAAUAGAAAAGGCGGCAAAUAUGUUGCAUGUUCCAGUAUGAUGGAAGACGAGGAGAAUGUGACGCUUUGGAUCACCCGAAAUGGAGGCUUUCAGAUUGUGGACAAUAUUUUCUUUGAGAAGUUAAGCAAGCGGCUAAGUGGCUUGUUCCACGGAAAAGACUUGCCGAAUCGAAUAGUCGAGGUGGUGCUUUGGAAUGAAAUGUUGGCGUAUUAUGAAGACCGUCUCGAAGAAACUUAUAUUCCGAACCUGAGGUUGAGCCUCAAGAGUUACAACACCACAUUCAACGAUUACAAUAACGACAGGUUCGCUACAGCACGUAACGAACUCUCGGUUCUUCAAAAUCAGACCUUUGCUAGGCUAGAGACGGGUCAGAGGUUGAUCGACAGACAUAGCACGCUUGUCACAAAAGCAUAUGAAUUACGAAAGAGCAAAGUCGUCGAGGAGCUUCUCCAAACAUCUCCGAAGUCUACGAAACAAACUAGAAAACUAUGGCUUGAUAUUUGUUUUCUCGGUAGGCUUCGGGUCAUACUUGAAAGAUUCAAAGAGGUUUCUCUUAAGCUCCCAAGUUUCAACAAUGUUACCAUAACUGCAGUGACCGGUGAUAGGAUACCGCAAAAGGCGCUCAAGGAUGCACUCAAGCUAAAGGAGACCUUGAAGCUCCUUGAUCUCCCGACCGACACCUUGACAGUCAAAACUGUGAUCGGGCCAAGCUGGACUGUUGCCAAGGCUGAGCGGGAGUACGGGAAGUUGCAAAAGCAGGCACUUAACAUACAUGCUGAGAUUCAAAUGAUUCUGUUUUUGAGCAAGAAUGAGCGGUUAUUGGAUCAAUCAUUCGCCUAUUUUGGUUGCAGCAAGUAUAGCUGUUUCAUGUGCUCGCACUUCCUCAAAGCAUAUGGCAGGAUUGGUACAAGGGGCUGCCAUGGUCGACUAUUCAAACCCUGGACGGUACCCGAAGCAAUAGGACUAGCUUCUAGCCAGGCGGAUAAAGUAGCCAAAUCAGUGGUACAAGUGCAAAAAGACAUUGAGAAAGAAUUGAAGUCGGACUUCGACAAAGCAAUACGACUAGAAAAAACGUCUGUUGUUGGUGGAAGCAGCAUAUUCAGUGACCACAAUUCUGAGAAGUCAGGUAAGCACCUGGUAAUAGAGAGAAGAAAAAAGAAAAUGGAGCAAGAAAGAGUUGCUAGGCUAUUCAAUAGACCAUCGGUAGAAAGGAGUGGUACCCCUUUCCCGAAGCGCACCUGGGGAAAUCUGUCAGACGGCACAUUGGUAGAGUCAGAAGAACUCGGUGAAUGCAACACCUGCUCUAGAGUGACAUCUCGACUGUGCAGUAUCUGCAAUAUAGAUUACUAUUGCAGUGAAUCAUGCGAAACCAGGACAAACGGGUCGCAUGUGUUCACGUGUGCCAAGCGACCGCUCACCUCGGCUGAUUAUCUUUAUAUAAAUAUAUCUGAGAAUACCAUUCCUGAUGAGGAGGAAGUGCUUGAGGAUUUUGGUUUCAAUCAUCUGUCGUCAUUUGCCGAUAGAUCUAAUCUUUUGGGGCUUUAUAAGGGGUUGUGGCUCGGUGGUGUCCCAGUCGAAGACAUUCACAGAUGGCAAGUCGAGAGUACCCUUAUUACUAACAUCAAAAAACACUUCUAUCAAAUCAACGAAGCCCAUCGAGGGGGUUAUUUUCCGUGGUUUCUGGUCAAUCUACAUAUUUUAGAGAAACCAUUAACUAAAGAGGAGUCAACUCAGAAUUUGCUAGCCACAUUUUACGACCAAGCCCAACUUUAUUUGGAUAAAGAGGACCAGCAUAAACAGCCAAGUCAAUUGAAACCCGAGGCCAAGAUGAAAUGCUAUGAACUUCUAGCGACGGCUCUUCAUAUGGCGCGUCCAAAUCCAAUCCAAAUGAACUGGUACAACUUUGGCUUUUGCACUUGCAAUGACGAGCGAGAGGAAAGCGCGCUUGGAGUGCUCUACACACGAUUACUACUCGGGAAUGAACUUCUUGGGGACCUUCGAGGCAAUACUCAACACAUGUUCUAUGGUCCCGCGCCGCUAACAGCUACCUUUACGGAAUUUUGGCAUGCGUACGAGUCUGGUACCUUAAUCGAACUCAUAGACUCCAAAGGUCUGAAGAAAAUGCGAUCAGAGUUUAAGUUGCUAGAAUGGUUUCUAUCAGUAUCCCCCUCCGGACCACAACCUUCAGUCUGGUCUUUGAAACAGUUCGUAGCCAUUGACAAUCCCGCCGAGUUUCCACCAAAUGAAACAGUGAAAGUGGACUAUGGGUUCAUGAAUUGCCAGACUUUUGAGGAAACCUGCAUUCUGUUAGAGACUUACAAGAGACUUCUGAGAGAGGCAGAUCUACUAGAGCUUCACGAAGCUUGUUUAGCCGGUGAACUCUUCGAGUUUGCGGAAUCAUAUCAUCAUAUGGAUGAGAAUCAUAGGAGAUGA